AUGCUUGUCAACGCUGGCUUCGUUCUCACGGUCUUCCUUGCCCUCACCGGCGCCGCCGAUGCUGCCCGUCCUAAGCAGGGCAGUCUUUGGUCUACCUACCGCAAGUCGCUGGACAAGGUGAUCGGUUCUGCCGAGAACACCCGCCGCAUGGCGUCCGAGUCCAAGAACCUCUUCACGGCCCAUGUCACUCAGAAGAAGGACCCGGCCUUCCAGAAGCUCGUCAAGAAGGCCAAGAAGCACAAGUCGCUCAAGAGCAAGGGCAGCCUGGCUCCCGACACUGAAUCCGUCACCCGAGUCGCCACGCAAGUCUUUUGUUCUCACAUCACUGUUUCAACGAUCUUCCCCCCAUCUCGUCUCCAGGGCAGCAAUGUCUCUGAUGUCCAUGUCGCCGCCGUCCGAGCCGCCGCUCUUCCCUCGUCUUGGGAUUCGCGUUCCAAGAACUGGGUCUCCUCGGUCAAGAACCAGGGCCAGUGCGGCAGCUGCGUCUCCUUCGGAUCUGCAGCCACCGUCGAGAGUACCUUCCUCAGCCAGACCGGCAACAGCAUCGAGGUCUCCGAGGCCGACAUCUUCUUCUGUCUCGCUGCAGGCGAGGCGUCGUGCAACACCGGUUGGCAGACCAGCUCGGCUGCUGAAGCCAUUGCCUCCAAGGGCGUCGUUUCGGCCGACUGCUUCCCUUACACUGCCGGCGACGGCCAGGACCAGCAGUGCUCCGACAGCAGCUGCCAGCGCACUGGUGGUCUUACUGAGGCCUCGUUCAACAGCAUCGACGAGAUCAAGCACCACAUCAUGACCUAUGGCGCCGUUCUCACGGCCUUCACCGUCUACUCGGACUUUGACGACCAGUGCUGCACCAACAACAAGGUCUACACGCAGCAGUCCGACAAGCAAGAGGGCGGUCACGCCGUCUCGAUUGUUGGCUGGGACGAUAACAAGCAGGCCUGGCUCUGCAAGAACUCCUGGACUGCUUCCUGGGGCACUGAUGGCUUCUUCUGGAUCGGAUUCGGACAGUGCGGCAUUGCCUCCACCAGCGAGACCUUCGGCUUCACCACCUCUGGCAACGGCCCGAGCCCCGGUCCCCAGCCCUCUGCCACCCUUCCAGCACCCUCCGUCACCGUCACAGCUCCGAACCCUGUUCCCUCCGUUACCGUCACAGCUCCGAACCCUGUUCCCACAGAGACCGACACCCCAGCUCCCUCUCCCGACGGGGCCUGCGGCAGCGCCGACCCUUACAGCAUCGUCUGUGCCGAGAGCAACAGCUUCUGGUUCUGUGACCCCGCCGGCGCCAUGGAGUAUUACUGCCCCGAGGAGAGCUCCUGCUCUGGCGAUGUCAACAACCCCUGCCAGUGA